AUGGCCUGGGCUCUGUUGGCCCGUCUGAGCCCAGAUGUCGCCAGUGGCCAGUCCGGACAUCUGGAUGCCCCCAGUCUCCAUGUCGGCGCCGACCGGCCCAGUGCGCACCCCCCCAAGCCCCCCCCUGUUGCCACAAUACCAGACCACAGUGCACCAGACCGAACGUUGAAUUUAGUUACAAAUGACUUGACCGUUCAGUGUCUACCGGCAUCCAUGUCUCCUAAUCAAUGGCAAGUUUGCCGGGCUACAGGUACAUGCUGCGGCCCUUGCAUGCUAUUGUCUGGUCCCAGUGCCCGCUAUUGCCCUGCUGUCGGCCGCUGUAACUGCGCUGCCGCCCGUGCACACCACCCGCCCAAGUACCUGUAA